ACUGGUUCACCACCGUCCUAUGCUUAUCUUAUAGCUUGUUAAUCUUCUUUUCAGGCUUUAAUAUGGCUAGAAAAGAGCAGGAUCUGCUGUCAACCGAGAUCGUCAACCGUGGGAUCGAAUCAUCGGGGCCUAAUGCCGGCUCCUUGACGUUCUCGGUUAGGGUUCGAAGACGGCUUCCGGAUUUUCUUCAUUCUGUUAACUUGAAAUAUGUGAAGUUAGGGUACCAUUAUUUGAUCAACCAUGGGAUUUACUUGGCUAUCAUACCUGUGUUGGUGCUUGUUUUCAGUGCUGAAGUGGGAAGUCUCAGUAGGGAAGAGCUUUGGAAAAAUCUUUGGGUAGAUGCUCGAUAUGAUCUUGCUACGGUGCUUUCCUUUUUCUCUGUAUUUGUGUUCACCGUCUCGGUUUACUUCAUGUCACGCUCUCGAUCGAUUUAUCUCAUCGAUUUUGCUUGUUAUCGUCCCCACGAUGACCUCAAGGUGACUAAAGAUCAAUUCAUUGAACUUGCGCGAACAUCGGGCAAGUUUGAUGAACCGAGUCUUGAGUUUCAGAAGAGGAUACUGAAAACGUCCGGGAUUGGUGAUGAAACUUAUGUUCCGAAGGUGAUUAUGUCGAAGGAAAACUGUGCCACCAUGAAAGAAGGCCGACUCGAAGCGUCAACCGUGAUGUUCGGUGCACUGGAUGACUUGUUUGAGAAGACGAGGAUUCGUCCCAAGGAUGUUGGUGUUCUUGUUGUGAAUUGCAGCAUCUUUAAUCCGACGCCGUCGCUGUCUGCGAUGAUCAUCAACCAUUAUAAGAUGAGGGGGAAUAUCUUGAGCUAUAAUCUUGGGGGGAUGGGGUGCAGUGCUGGGAUUAUUGCGGUGGAUUUGGCUCGAGAUAUGUUGCAGGCCAACCCGAAUAACUAUGCUGUUGUGGUGAGUACUGAGAUGGUGGGGUACAAUUGGUACCCGGGUAAGGAUCGGUCCAUGCUUGUCCCGAAUUGUUUCUUCAGGAUGGGAUGCUCCGCCGUGCUUUUGUCAAACCGCCGUAGUGACUACCGCCGUGCUAAGUACAGGCUUGAACACCUUGUGAGGACGCAUAAGGGAGCUGAUGACCGAAGUUUCAGGUCAAUCUACCAAGAGGAAGACCAACAGGGUUUCAAGGGUCUUAAAGUCAGCAAAGAUCUGAUGGAAAUCGGCGGAGACGCCCUCAAAACCAACAUCACAACCCUGGGUCCACUCGUUCUACCCUUCUCGGAGCAGCUCUUCUUCUUCGCCACCUUAAUCUGGCGCCAUUUCUUCGGCGGCAACAACAAAUCAAAAGCCUCACUAUCUCCAUCCUCGAAGCCAUACAUCCCGGACUACAAGCUGGCGUUCGAACACUUCUGCGUGCACGCGGCGAGCAAAACCGUGCUGGACGAGCUGCAAAAGAACCUCGAGCUCAGCGACAACAACAUAGAAGCGUCGAGGAUGACAUUGCACCGCUUCGGCAACACUUCGAGCAGCAGCAUAUGGUAUGAACUGGCGUACUUGGAAGCCAAAGAGAGGGUUAAAGGAGGCGAUAGGAUUUGGCAGAUCGCGUUCGGUUCUGGGUUUAAAUGCAACAGUGUGGUUUGGCGUUCCAUGCGUCGUGUGAGGAAGCCUUCCAGGAACAAUCCAUGGCUCGACUGCAUUGAUAGAUACCCUGUCAGAGCUUGAAUUUGGCUUUAAUGGCUGCUGCUUGGUUGAUAAUAACGAAGGACAAGAUUGUUGGCAAAACUAGCGUGGUUGAUAAUAACGGCCCUUCAAUGGCUGCUGCGUCGUCUCAUGGUUGUGAAACUUAUCUCCACUAAUUUAACUGUAUGAAAAA